AUGUUUCAUCGAACGGAGUCGAUCGACGACAUCGGUCUCUCCCGCAUAUUACAAACCGACAAAUCGAACACGAUUUCGUCGUUAACGAAAGUCAUAUGCACGAUCGGUGUGAAAUCGCGAACGGUGGAGGAGUUAUCGAAACUCUUAGAAGCUGGGAUGUCCGUCGCGCGAUUUGAUUUCAGUUGGGGAUCGCACAAAUAUCACACGGAAACGCUGAUGAAUCUGCGACAAGCGAUGAAGAAUACGAAAAUUUUAUGCGCGACGAUGUUGGACACGUUCGGGAGUGAAGUGGCUGUUCGGUUAGCCGCGGAGGACGUGUCUUCCUUCGAUAAAGACGCCCCGAAAACUCCAUUGGAAAUGAAGAAAGGCAAUAAAGUCGUGUUGUCGGUGUGCAACGAUCGAGAAGAUCAGAAGAAGAUGGUAGCCACGUCGGAGUUUUUUCCGGUGGUGAACUGCGAUUCGUUGUGCGAAAUAGUUGCGGUCGGCGACUCAAUUUUCAUCGGGCAGUAUUUGUUUACCGGGUCAGAAACGUCGUCGGUUUAUUUAACCGUCGAAAGUAUUGAUUUGGAAAACAAAGAGAUCGUGUGCACGUGCAAUAACGACGCGUUAAUGCGAGGGGUUUUGUUAACCGUACAAAUAUCAAACGUCGGCGAGAAGUUGCCGACGAUAAGCCGACACGACGAAAACGACAUCGUCAAUUGGGGGGUGAAGAAUAACGUCGAUUUCAUUUCCUUAUCGUUCACGGACAGCGCCGAGGAUGUUAGAAAAUGUAGACAAAUAUUAGACGAACACAAAUCGUUUCACACGAAGAUUUGCGCCAAAAUUGAACGCGCUUCGGCGUUGAAAAACAUCGACGAGAUCAUUCAAGAAGCGGACGGAGUGAUUAUUUCGAGAGGGAACUUAGGAACCGAAUUGCCCGCUGAAAAAGUGUUUAUCUUACAGAAGAUGAUAUUAGCGCGGUGUAACUACGCUGGAAAACACGCCAUCGUCGCUCGAUUGGUGGACACGAUGGCAGAAGCGCCGAGACCGACGCGAGCGGAAGCGACGGAUGUCGCCAACGCCGUUUUAGACGGCGCGGACGCGUUGCUUUUAGGCGCCGAAACGCUCCGAGGUAACUUUGCCUCGGAAACAGUUGCCAUGGUUCGUAAGAUAUGUCGCGAAGCCGAGCGCUUUUACGACCACGAAUCGUUUUACAACGCGCAGAUUUCGCAACGAAAAAUUGAAGCUGGAGAAGUGUCGCAAGCCGAAGCGUUGGCGUCCUCGGCGGUUCGUGCGGGAACCAAAGUCGGUGCAAAACUGAUUGUCGUGUUUACGCGAACCGGGGAAACCGCGCGAAUGGUGUCCAAAUAUCGCGCGCCAAUGCCGGUAGUCUCCUUAGUCAUUCCUCAUUUGCGUCAAGACUCUAUUCGAUGGGUGUUAGAAGGCGAAUCCGACGCGCGAGGCGCUUUACUCGCCCGAGGUAUCGUCCCGAUGUUAGCCAACCCGCAAAACUCCGAAGCGAAUUCGCUUUUACAAAUGGUGUUUGAUUUUGCAAAGAAGAAAGCGGGAUUAGUCAUAGGCGAUCGCGUGGUUAUCAUUCAAAAGUUGAGCGGAACGGCUAUUGUAAAAGUUCAAGAGUUGACGUGA